ACUACUAAACUUCCACAAAAAAAUAAAUAAAAUCAUAUAUACAUACAUGCCAGCAUAAUGCAUUAAUCUCUAAAAACAAGAUAUAAAAGAUUGCUUUCCAUUGUAUCCCAAUCAAAUUCCAAAAUAAGGUUUUGUAUUCUCAUAUAUCCAUCCCAACACCCCCCUAAUCCCCAUAAACAAAUUUUCUUUGCUUCUUGUGAACAAUGCAUUCUCUAAGUCAUUUGUUGUUGCUUGCAACACUUCUAAUUCUCUCUCUAUCAAUUAUCCAUGUUAAGGCAAGAGGGAAGACUCCAUCCCAACUGGUGGAGGAGGUGUGUUCCAGAACCGGCGACACUUCCUCCUUCUGCACCAAGACUCUUGAAUCCGAUCCCCGAACAUCAUCGGCUCGCGAUUUUCGUGCCCUAGCUAAGAUUGCUUUGGAUCUGGCCGUAACCAAUUCGACAAAAACUGAAGCCUACAUUAAGAACAUGCUGAAGAAGAAUGCCAAACCCGGAAAAUUGAAGUCUGCACUCGAGUCAUGUGUCGCAUCUUAUGAAGAAACCAUCAUAUCAUUCCGGAGCGCGCUGGUGGAAAUCGACGAGGACAAGAUGAGUGCAAAUUAUGAUGCAAAAGUUGCCGGUGAUGGUCCACUCCAGUGUGAUCAAGCAUUGGAGUCUGCUGGUGUCAAAGUUGAAUCAAUUUCAAUGGCAAAUCAAAUCACUUAUAGGUUUAGCGUAAUUGGAGUUGAAAUUACAGAUCUUCUUUAG